AUUAAUUCGCGUUAAUCGCGACGUCUUGCAACAAAAAAAAUCGCAGUCAUUCGCUAGUAUUAAUCUAUGCAACACAAAAACAACAAUUGUGCAAAGUUCCUUUCAAAGCUGCAACGAAAACGGCAAACGGAGCACAAAACGAAGUAGCCAAAAAAAAGAAAAAAAAUUGAUGUCUACUCCUUGACAAGGAGUUCGUAGUUCGUAGUGUAUGUGCGUGCAUGUGUGUAUGAGUUUGUUUGUGUGAGUGAGUGCUGUCACAAAAACACAGAAACAGGAAAAGUGAAAAUUAACGAAACUUUAGAGAAAAACACCCCUCCUCCCUCCGCCCACCACUCCACACCCGAAGUCAACUUGCAGCAAAUAGAUAUUUACACGCGAAUAGAUUAUAAGUCGCCCGCCGCCGCUCGCUUUGAGUGUGUGUGCAGUAGCAGAGGAAAAAGGGAGUAGCUGUUAAGCAGCAGCAGCAGAAGAAAAGGCAGCAGCAGCCGACAGCAACACCAAACGCGCCGUUUUCACUGUGCAAUUAAGCAAAAUGUUGUGAUCUUAUAAUUGUUAUAAAGAACAAUUAAUCAACGAGGAGAAAAGCAGCACCUGGUUGGAAAACCGGGAAAGCACAAGAAGCCAGCCCUUAGUUUUCUCCCCACAUAUAUAGCUAGAAGUAACGCACAAUUUUCCCCCGAAGAGUAUCCAACAUCAACAACAACAAACCAGAACAAAAUGACUGAGCAAAGCAUUAUUGGCGCUCGCGCCUCUGUGAUGGUGUACGAUGACAACCAGAAAAAGUGGGUGCCGUCGGGCAGUUCGUCGGGUCUGAGCAAGGUGCAGAUUUAUCAUCAUCAGCAGAAUAACACAUUCCGUGUGGUGGGUCGCAAGCUGCAGGAUCAUGAGGUCGUUAUCAAUUGCUCCAUACUCAAGGGUCUCAAAUAUAAUCAGGCAACUGCCACGUUUCAUCAGUGGCGCGACUCCAAGUAUGUUUAUGGUCUCAACUUUUCCAGCCAGAGCGAUGCCGAGAAUUUUGCGCGCGCCAUGAUGCAUGCCCUGGAGGUGCUGAGCGGUCGCGUAGUUAACAAUCCAGCCGGCCAGCCAACAAAUGGUAAUGGUUACGAGGAGGAUAUGGGUUAUCGCACGAUGACCAGCGAGGAUGCGGCCAUAUUGCGGCAGAAUAACGGCAUUGGUGGUCACACAACGCCCGCGGCUCAAACGCCCACCUCGCAAACGAAUCAAAAUAAUAUACCGCAGAGUCCGCCAACGCCGCAGCAGCAGGGACAUCAUCGCACCAGCAGGAAUUCCCUCAGCGCACCGCCGGCGCCACAGCCACAGCAACAACAGCAACAGCAGCAAUUGGCGCAACAGGCAACAGGUAAUCACUACGGACCCACCGCCAACGGGCCCACGUCCAAUGGCCUGCCCCAGCAGGUCAAUCCACAAAUGCAAGUAGCGCCAGUACCAGGCCAGACACAACAGCAACAGCAGCAGCAACAAUACCAACAACAGCAACCCGUCUAUGCCAUACAACAGCAACAGCAACAGUUGGUGCAAGCGGGCUAUGCGCCUCCCCAGCAGUACCAGCAGCCCCAUUAUGUGCUCUCAAACUCUAAUCCCAAUCUUAAUAUACAUCAAUACCCGACACAGCCACCGCCACCGGUGCAUCAAAACGGAGCCGGCGGACCCAUCUAUGGGGCAGCGCAACCCGCUCAUAUCCCGAGUUCAGCCAGCUCCAACAGUGUUGUGUACACCAGUCAGCCACAGCUAAUGCCACAGCCACCACCUGCUCCUGGCUACGUUCAGCACAAUGGCCAACAGCAACAGCAGCAGCAUGUGGAGAAUCCAUACAGCCAAGUGCCGCUGGCACCGCCCAUGAUGCAGCAGCAGCCAGUUAGUGGCGGUGUUCCAAUGCCGCCGCCACUAAAUCGCAUGAGCAGUACGGGUGGUCCCGGGCAAGUAGGUGCUCCAGCGCCGCCGCCACCGCCACCCACAUUCGGUGGUGCACCGCCGGCACCACCCCAACUGUUUAACGGAGCACCAGCGCCGCCACAGCCUCCGGCACCACCGGCGCCACCUGCCAUAGGUGGCGGCCCACCAGGUCCAGCGGGGCCAGGUGCACCACCACCGCCGCCACCGCCACCAGGCAUGGGUGCGGGCGGCGUCGUCGGCAAGAAGGAUGAUCCACAAGCCGAUCUUAUGGGCUCGCUGGCCUCGCAGCUGCAACAGUUCAAGCUAAAAAAAAACAAGUCCACCACAGUCGCUACGGAGAACAGCGGCAGCAGCACUUCCAGCGGUGGCAGCGGCAAUUACGGCACCAUUGGACGCAGCUCCAACGGCAUGGCCUCCAUGAUGGACGAAAUGGCCAAGACGCUGGCCCGACGUCGUGCGCAAGCCGAGAAAAAGGAGCCUGAUCCGGAACCCGAAGUCAAGCAGCGGCCAUGGGAAAAGUCAAAUACUCUGCCACACAAGCUAAGCAGUGGCAGCGGCGGCGGUGGGGCCACUUCCAAUUCGCAAGGCGGCGGAGCCAAUGGCAGCGCCGCUGUCACUGGCAACAACACAACGAACAGUGGCGGAGAAUCGCCGCGUCCCAUGCGAAAGCGUUUCGGCAGCGCCAGCGAGGAGACCAUUCUCAAGCAGGUCAAUGGCGAUGGUCUGUCGCUAGCGCUGUCCAAUAGCGAUCUGGACACGCUGAAAGCGGAAAUAGUACGCGAGAUGCGACUGGAGAUACAGAAAGUGAAAAGCGAAAUUAUAGACGCUAUCAAAUCAGAAUUCAAUCGUAGAUAGAUCAAAAUACUUAGUCUCUAAACAGCCUCUCACUGUCUGCCUACCUGCCUGCCUGUCUGCCUGUCUCUCUGCAUCGUGUAUAAGAAAUAACAACAACAAUAGCACACUGUCUCCUAAAUGUGAGCAUACACCCAUGUGGGGGGCGUAGAGUGGACGUGUCUACGGCAAUCGGCACAUACAAAUCACGAACUGAGAAAUCGCGUCAGAUAUAUUUAAAUGUGUAAUUUUAAAUAUUUUAAACUGUGUAUUUA